UUAUAAUGUCUGAUGAUAAAUUACCAUUUCAAUUAGAUGUCAUCCAAUAUGAUUGGUUAAUCUUAGGCACUGGAUAUGAAGAAACCCUUUAUAGUGCACAUUUAAGCAAAGUAGCAAAGUCAACUGUAAUCCAUAUAUAUUCACUCAUAAGAAUCUAGUCCUUGAUUUUGGAAAUACUUACUCCAGUAAUAUACGUACAAUGAAUUUUAGAGAAUUCUAAAAAUUAGAUUCAGAAUUACCAACCAAUUAAUAUUUUCCAUAUCUCCAUAAAAGACCUGUUUUUACUAUUUUAGAGUUAGAUGAUAAUCAAAAAUAAAUUAAUAAUUACUUUGCUAAUCAAAUUAACUCUGGAUAAGAAUUCAAACACUUUAAUAUUGAUAUGCAACCUAAAUUACUUUUUAGUAAUAGUCCUACUGUUUCUAUUAUGCAAUAAGCUAAUUUAGAUUAAUAUAUGGAUUUUAAGGCUGUUGAAAAUCAAUUCUUCUUUGAUUCAGCUACCAAAACAUUUAAAUUGACACCAACUUCUAAAAGUGAUAUAUUCAAAUGUUAGUUUCUUACUUUAAGUGAAAAAAAACAAUUUUUCUAAGUAUUCUUAUCUAUUCAUAAUCAUUUAGCUUUUGCAUACUCUUGUUAAAAUCUUUCAUAAAAUCAUCAAUUAUUAAGUAGAUUAAAAUUCUACAUAAGAAUUUGAUUAAAAUACUACUUAAUUAGAUGAAGAUACAUAUUAAAAGUAUUUAUAAUAUAAGGAUCAAUAAGCUGUUUUAUUUCUCAAUGAAAUUACAUCAAAAUAACUUAAUAAGGAUAAGGUAUAUGCUAUAUUAUUUUAUUCUAUAUGUUUUAUUACUUAAAGUUUUAAUAAUAAUGGCAAUAAAAUUACAACGGAGGAUUUCAUUAAUAAAUUUGGUAAAUGUAUAAAAUCAAUGGGGAUUCAUAGUAAAUCUCCUUUUUUAUAUACAAAUUAUGGAACUGGAGAUAUUCCAUAAGGAUUUUGUAGAAUAUCAGCAGUUCAUGGAUCAGUAUUUAUUACUUAAAGUUCAAUAAGAAUAUAUAAGAUAGAGAAAGAAGAUAAUGAAUAUUUAAUAACAUCAAAUUUACAUGAGAAUUAGAUAAGAAUAAAAUAAGGGAUAAUAAUGAAUAAAUAGAUUUAUGAUUCUUAUAUUAAAUUGAAUUAGUCAAUACCUGAAUAGGAAAUAAAAUUAGAAUAAAAUUAUAUAUUAAUGAGAUUGAUUUUAGUAACAGCAAAAGAUUAAAAAGUAUUAUGCGAGGAGAUUAGAGAAUUGAUAGUUGAUAAAUUGAUUGAGGAUUAGAAUACUGAACAUUAAUAGAAUCCAAGUAUAUAUGUAAUACCAUGUAAACAAUUCAGUAGCAAUCCUAUAUAUAUCUUUAGAACAGAUAGCAAUAGUAAUAGUACUUCUAAGGAUUAUGAAUUAUUUUAUGUUUGGACAUUAUUAGAGAAAUAAGAGGAGAAAGAAUUGAAGGAGACUUUAAAAUAAAUAAUUAUGGAUAUAGAUUGUAAAUACAAUGAAGGAGAAGAGAAAAGCAUCAAUUAUAUUUGUUAUGAGAAAGUGUUGCUGUAAGAGAUUAGCAAAAGUGAAUAUAAAUUUUAACCAAAUGUAGAUGAAAAUAUGUAAUGAUUAUAGAAUUAUUUUAAGUUAUGUAACUACUGAAGAUAAUGAUGAUUUGGAUUUUGAUGCUUAAACAAAAGAAUUUAUUAAGAAUGUUUAGAAAGUGAAUGUUAAUGUUGAAGAAAAUUACUAUAUGGUUGAAAAGAUAACUAAAGAAUAAUAACAAAUAGAGUAAGAAAUGGACAAUCAAUAGUAUCUAUUGAAUUAAUUAAUGAAUAUAAAACAUAAAGAAUGA